AUGGACGGUUCAAAUCUUCAAAUCAUCUCUGUGUGUUGGCCACAAGUGGAGACAGGUGCUGGCCAUGCUGCGUCGCAGCACAGAUCGUACAGGCAGUCGGAGAGCGCAUUCAGAAUGUGUCCUCGACACAAGAAUUCAUCUUCAACUCGUUUGAUGCAGGAGAGUUGUGGUUUCUUCAAGUCCAGCAGGGGUCUUCGGCAGGGGAACCCCCUCUCACCCAGCCUCUUCAUUCUCUUGGCGGAAGUUUUCGGCAGGGGGAUCUCUAGGCUGGUUUCUUCUGGGUUGUGUCAUCCGUUCAAAUUGAAGCAAGGGUGUCUUCCUGUUUCCCAUCUGCUUUAUGCUGACAACACGGUGAUCUUCCUUAAUGGGUCUCGUAAUUCCUUAAAAGCGGUGAAAUCUUUUAUUGCCAUGUACCAGGCUGCUUCAGGCCAAAAAGUUAACCAGCGGAAGAGCUCCUUCUAUUGCUCCCACAAGCUUUCUGUGGCUAGGGUCUGGUCCCAUGAUCAUCUCCUCAGCUUUCGGAGGUCGACUGCGCUGUUUUCUUACUUGGGAGUUCCGUUGGUGAAAGGGAGGAUAAGGUGCAGUCAGUUUUCUCCCCUGGUUGCUAAAGUGGCUACCAAACUUCAUGGGUGGAGCUCCAAAAUCCUUUCUCAGGCUGGUAGAUUAGCGUUAAUUGCCUAUGUUCUCAGCGGGAUUCCUGUUCAUACCUUAGCGGCCAUGGUGGUGCCCAAGAAAGUCUUGAAAGAUUUGGAGGGCAUGUUCGCCAAUUUCUUUUGGGGCUGGCGGGAAGGGUCGAGGAAACUCCAUUGGAAGAAAUGGAGUAGCAUUUGUUUCCCCAAAGAUGAGGGCGGGCUAGGUUUAAGGAAAUUGAAAGAUCUCAUGAAGGCACUCCAUCUCAAGCUUGCAUGGGGAGUCAAAUUUGGGAAGGAAGGCAGUCUUUAG